UUACGGUCUGCAGACAGACCCUUCUCUCCCAGACCAGUUUGAGAGUUCUGCGCGAUUGACACUAGAGGGAGAAAUGCGACAGAAUCGUGUCCGAAUGUCGUGUGCAGUGCAAAGGCGGCUUCACAGCCUCGUUUUCGAGUCAAAACUCCAGCCACUGGAACAGUUCUUCAGAGGAACCGAAAAUUAUACAACACCGUUGACGCUGUGAUCAUGUCAUCUAGAGCUGGAUGAGGUUAGAGAGAAAGAAAGGGGAAGGAAAUUAUUCUCUCAGAGCGGAAGAGAAAGACUGUAACGGUUCUCACACAGAGCUUGGACUCAUAUUUAAGUAAAAUGUUCAGAAUGUGUGUCGUUCUGCUCGUCUUUUCCAGCAUCUGUACAGUUGUUGUUGAUGCUCUAGUUACAGUCAGAGGUCUCAGAGGAGAGAGAGCUGACAUCAGAUGCCCUUAUGAAUCUGGAUAUGAAUCAAAUCCAAAGUAUUUGUGUAAAGGCGAGUGUAGAGACAGACACGUCAUAGUUAAAUCAGGAUCUCGAGCUAAAGACCAGAGAUUCUCUCUGAGAGACAACAGGACGACCAGAGUUUUCACCGUCACCAUCACUGACCUGAGAUCAGCAGAUGCAGGACAAUACUGGUGUGGAGUGGAGAGGAGUGUAAUUAAAGAUGUCUAUUCAGAGAUUCUGUUGCUGGUUAAACAGGGUAAUAAGACGACUGAGGUUUCAACUAUCAGCCCUUCUUCAGCAAAACCGUCAUAUUUCAGCACAACAGAAACAAAUCCACAACCCAGCAGCAUCUCAAUCACAGAUCAGCACAAAUCACCAGAUCUGGCUUCUGUUGCUGGCGGUCUGGGUUCGGUUCUGCUGGUUCUGGUUCUGUGUUCUGGAACGUUCCUCAUCCUGAAAAAGAGGAAAAGGAAAUCUGGGACAGCUUUAUUUCAGCAAAAUGUGCCACACAACACAGAGAGUGUCCACAUGUAUAAUAUUGCAAACAGUGACCCUGGACCCUCUGAUGUCAUCGCUGCAGCAUCUUCGUCCAAUCAGACGCCUGCAUCACAUCUCAAAACCCGAUCACAAGUCUCUAUUGUUUAUGCCACAGUAACCAAUCAGCAGCCUGGUUCAAAUGUCCGUCACACCCACUCGACCAAUCAGGUGACGGAUACAGACUGGGAUUAUUAUGCCAAUAUUACGUUUCCUGAACCAACAACAGACAACAGAACAGAACUGAUCUACACAACAGCGACACAUCCACAAAGCAUCACACCACAUCCUCAAGAUGUCAAGACAAACGAUGGCUCGAUAUACUCAGUCAUCAAACAUAAAUAAAAAAAAAACAUUUCUGUGCAUAACAGAGUGUAACUAAAUUGUAUAAUGUAUAAAGUUAAUAGGGUAAACUAAUGUUUAUAACAUGAAAAGUUAAAUAAAUGCAAAUAAGAAAGAAUUACGUGAACUUCAGUUAUCUUUGUAAUACUGCACCUCAUCUACAGUUAAAUGAAGCCAAUAAAAAGGUAUAUUACUGUUCUCUUUAGCCUGUUUAGCUUAUCAGGGUUGCCAGAUCUGACACAAAACGUGUAACUCUCAUCCCUAAAAUAGACAUUGUUCAGUCACGGCUAUGCAUUGUACAUAAUUUCUAAUUAAAAAACUAAAUUAUAGGG